CCUCAGUGUUUUUUACGAACAAACAACAUCAUGAAAACAUCGGAGAAUAUUACGGCACGGAAAAUGUCCGUUUACUGGCUGACGUUAUUGCUUUUGAACGGAAUAAACGUAUAUCCGGGCCAUAGCAAUAAAGUUGCAGUCAAGCGGAUCGCGGCCGCGUACCCGUGGCUGAUAUGCGCGUUCUGGGCGUUCAUCAUGACGUCGGUGACCACGUCGCUGGCGGUGCGACACACCAGCUACGAGGAAGCGGUCGAGAUGCUCACGUACAUCACGGGCUCGUCGAGCACGCUGGCCCUGUUCGCCAUCGGCGUGCACAAGCGGCCCGGGCUGUGCCGGAUGCUGGACACGAUGCGGUGCGACUUCUGGGACGACGGGCGCCAGGAGACCGCGGACUCGCUGUUCUCGCGGUUCGUGCGCACGUACGGCGCCGUCAUGCCCGCCGCCAACGUGAUGAUGUGCAUGGCACCGGUCGUAUGGGUGUCCCGCUACGGUGACAUCGACUCGCCGGCCGCGCUCAUAUUCCGCAUGUGGACGCCGUGGACGCGGCUGACGGUCGCCCGGUACGUCGCCGUGUACGCCGCCCAGUUCGUCGUAUCGCUGAGCGUGCUGACCAGCAUCGCGGGCAUGGUGUUCGCCAUGGUGCUGUUCGUCACUGAGAUGCAGGUCCAAGUGAACACGCUCGUCGACACCAUCCGCGACCUGCACGUGGACAUGUGGUACGACGAAGGAGACGGCCGUCCGGACGCGCACGCCGACCGCCGCCGUCAGGCUGCGUACGACGGUCUCGUCAAGUGCGUCAAACACCAUCAGACGCUCAUCACAUACUUCAGUCAUUUUAAAUCGUAUUUCAAUUUGUUGUUCAUUGUCGACAUCGUAUAUGUCAUGGUAAUGACGUGUUUGUGUGCAAGCAGCGUAUUAAUGGCAAAUGGUUUUUCAGCGUUUCACAUAAAAAUGAUGUCUCUUCUUAUUAUAGUGGUUUCUCAGUUCUUUUUCUACUGCUUGAUUGGUGAACAAUUUUCGACGAUGAACAAACAACUUGGGGAUUGCGUCUAUUUCAAGCUAGUGAAAUGCAAGGAUCCAAAGUUAGCACGGGUCGGUCUUUUAAUGAUUCUGAGAACACAAAAACCGUUACAAUUAACUACGAUGGGCAUCACCAAGUACACAGCUUCGCUGUUCACAUUUACAGUCACGAUGAGGUCUGCUUAUGCAGGAUUUAAUGUGCUGUACAAUUCUUAAUAAAAUAUCAAUAUCAAAUUUAAGCAACUGUUGCACUUAUAUUUUGUAAAUCGAUUUUUUUUUUUGUAUUUAGAUGUCUUUACAACCACAAUCAAUAAACACUAAUAUAAUAAAUUAUAUAAAAGUAAUAAUAAAAUCGUAUAACACAUUAUAA